CCAACGCCCCGACGCCCGCAUGUCCCAGUCCGCGGCUCCAAGAAGGACACUCCUUCCUUUUGGGCAGCACCCACCCCACCUUUGCCGUCUUCGACCAGAAGUUAUGGCCUCAGAGGUCUGGCGAUCUUCGCUCUCCCCUCGCCUCCUCCCCGGAUCUCCUCUCCUCUUCAAGCCCUCUCCCCCUCCCUCCUCCUCUUGCUUCCGGAGAUCUUCUCUCUCUGCUGCUUCCCUUGGGCUUCCCUCUCACCAGCGGCGCAGGGUGCUCGUGCUGCGUCCCAGGGCCGCCGAUCAGCAAGGUCAGGUUCAGGAUGGUGAAGUUAUUGAUAGCAAAAUCUUGCCAUAUUGCAGCUUAGAUAAGAAGGCAGAGAAGAAGACGCUAGGAGAACUUGAACAGGAAUUUCUAGAAGCACUACAAUCAUUCUACUAUGACAAAAAAGCAAUAAUGUCUAAUGAGGAAUUCGAUAAUCUCAAGGAAGAAUUAAUGUGGGAAGGAAGCAGUGUCGUCAUGCUAAGUCCAGAUGAACAAAAGCUUUUGGAAGCUUCGAUGGCUUAUGCAGCCGGAAAUCCCAUAAUGACAGAUGCUGAAUUUGACAAACUGAAGUCGAGAUUAAGGAAAGAAGGGAGCGGCAUUGUACAAGAAGGCCCACGAUGCAGUCUUCGUACCAAAAAGGUGUACAGUGACUUGACUGUUGACUACUUCAAGAUGUUCUUAUUAAAUGUGCCAGCAGCUGUUAUUGCUCUGACCUUGUUUUUCUUUCUAGAUGAUUUGACGGGUUUUGAAAUUACACAUCUGCUGGAGUUGCCAGAGCCCUUCAGUUUCAUUUUCACAUGGUUUGCUGCUUUACCUUUUAUAUUUUGGUUGGCCCAAUCACUCACUAAUGUCGUCGUGAAAGACUUUUUGAUCUUAAAGGGCCCUUGCCCAAACUGUGGCACAGAAAAUGUUUCCUUCUUUGGAAGUAUAUUGUCCAUACCUAGUGGUGGUUCCGCAAAUAGUGUAAAAUGCUCAAAUUGCAGCACUAAAUUGGUUUACGACUCAGGAACACGCUUAAUCACACUUCCAGAACCAACUGAAGCAUAAGCUACAGCCUGGUUUUGCAAGUUUGAAGAUUAUUCUAACCAGUUUUAAGGGGAAAGAGGAGCCGGCAGCUAAGCAUCAUGUGCUAACUGAUAAAUUCAGACUCCAUGUACCGUUACAUACAAAAAAGCUUCAGAUUUGAGUAUACCUGCUGUCUUCAACAAAAGCUUCUUAUGCCAGAAGUUUGCAUAUUUGAGUAUACCUGCUGCUACCAUUUGCUGUUCUUUGCAGUUGUUUCCGCAUAAACUACUGAAAUCAGGCAAGAUGGUCAAUGACUAUCUAUGUAAUUAUCCUUGUAUAUAUAAAAGCUUCAGAUUUGCUGGUACUGUUCCAAUCUUUUUUUCUUUUU